CAGGUUGCCAAGGAGCGGCGGCCAUUUGUAAACAAUGAUCGUAAAGCGUCGAUGAUUUAAACAUGGCGUCUUAUAAGGUGAAAUAGUUGUGAUAUUCUCGGAGAAUCUCCGUGAAUUCUUACCGUGCCCAUGGAUGUGAAGAGAGAAGUAUGUCGGUCGGCGGUAUUACUAGCCUGGAUCGGGUUUGCCCUGGCAGUCGAUAUGGAUUAUAUGUCGGCUUCCUGUACCACUCUAGGCGUCACAGUCACAAAGUCCCGGAUGUUGGAGUCGAGUUCGGCAUUGGAUUACAGGGAUGAUAUGAAUUGUGUUUAUACCGCCACCGUGUCUAACAGUCGCUACAACAUAUUGGCCGUCUUCAGCCGAUUUGACCUUGAGGCAAAGUCCAGCGGCAGUUGUCUUGACUACGUAAACGUUUACGACGGAAACUCCGUGUCGGCCCCAGUCCUCAACACCGAGCCUCUCUGUGGUUCAACGAUUCCCAGCAACUUGGUCUCUACCGGAAGUCAGUUGACCAUUGAAUUUGUAACUGACAGCAGCGCUGUUCUACUGGGUUUUGGCAUAAUCUUCACUGAAGUAUACAAUGGAUCAUGCGCGUCCACGGAGUACGGUUGUAGUAACGGAUACUGUGUGAACUCGGACCUAAGGUGUAACAACUACAAGGAGUGUGGGGACGGCUCUGACGAGGACUCGUGCACAACUGAAGAACUAUACGGAGCAGGAUCAGACAACACUGCACUGAUCGCCGGUCUGACGAUUGGUCUGCUAGCUCUGGUGGUACUAGUAGCUAUCGUCGUCUUUUUCAUCUACCGACAAUACAGAUGGCGCCUCUUCCUCAAAGACCCAAUACCGGAAAUGAAGAAAUGGAACACCAGCAACAACUACCCGGUGACCCAAAAAUACUACAAACAUGGCUUCACCAACUCUGGAUACCAGAGCGUGGAAGCACGCUCGCCUACGUCACAACCUUACAAGGACUUCGAGGUCAAUAGUGACGACCUUGGUAACUCUAAGAAAGGUGACCCGCUGACCUUCACACCUUCUGAGUCAAAAGAAAAAGUAUCAUUUGUUGAUAAGCCUGGUUCCUCCAAGGUGUGAGGCCUCACAUGGAACACGUCCCUGGCCAGAAUGUUUAAGUACUGUCUUAGUAUGGUGUCAGUGUUUAGAGCAUAACAAGUAUACAAUCUAUCUUUAGAAAGAUUUUGGACACGUUCAGUAAAGAAAACGUUUCUAAGGUUGUUGACCAACACUGAUUGUUUUGUUACAGUUGUAUACAUUUUUGAUAUAUUCCCAUUGUCUUACCAUUGUCUUAUCAUCUAAUACCUUUCUUUCACUUGUUUCUUUGUGAACUGGUAUCGUGUGGAUCCAUGUUUAUCUGUAUCCAUAGAGAUAGGAAUAAUGUUAGCCAUUUUUGUUAUCCAUGUAAACAUUCAUUGAUCAAUCUGUAUCCAUAGAGAUAGGAAUGUUAGCCAUGUUUGUUAUCCAUGUAAACAUUCAUUGAGCCAUCUGUAUCCAUAGAGAUAGGAAUGUUAGCUAUGUUUGUUAUCCAUGUUAACAUUCAUUGAGCCAUCUGUAUCCAUAGAGAUAGGAAUGUUAGCCAUGUUUGUUAUCCAUGUUAACAUUCAUUGAGCAAUCUGUAUCCAUAGAGACACGACCCCUAUUGACGUUUAUCCGUCCAGUAGCUAGUUAUGUAUAAGUCAGUACCGUCUGUGCCUUAUGAAACAAUCCCCUCAAUCCUCUAACGGGACUUUGACACCCAUAUUAUAGAACUUUAACCAAUGCAUUUUGUUCCAUAUUGAUGUGUGUACGAAGUUCAUCUCUCUCUCUCUAUAUAUAUAUAGGUAUGGCCACAUUUAAUUUGAAAAUUAAGUAAACUCGUUCGUACUCUAUAAGUAGAUUGCCAUAAAUUGGCAUCUAGUAUGGUACAAUGUAUCAGUCAUAAAAAUACACUCUCAAGGUCACUCAAUGUCAGGUUUCCUUGAAAUAUAGAAUAUAUUUGCCAACAAAAACAAGAGUUCCGUCGAUUCAGUCAAACUUUAAGUUUAUACAGGGGAAGUUUACCCAACACUCCAGCUGAGAUUGCUUCCACGCUUUAAAGGUCAAGGUCAUCUUGUUGAAUUGGUUUACAGAUAGCAUAGUUCCCAGUAACUACAGAUUCCAGCUUGAUCAAGCUGUGUAUCACUUAUCUUACAAUGUUGUUCUUUUCAUUGUCGUUUUAAAAAAACAUGUUUCGUAUGAACUGUAUAAGAUAUGCUUCAUUUACUAUAUGAUCAAACAUUGUCACUGGCCCUACUACCUACACCUGCGGUAGACUUUACGUCAAUCAAUUCCGUCUUUGCGUAUUGCAGAGGUAUCUUCUCUUGGUAGCAGGUAUUGAUUGUUACGUCAUUGGUUUGU